GGAGGAGAGAGGAGAGAAAGAGGAGGAGGAGAACAGCAUCCUUCAUCACAGAGAGGAGAGAGGAGGGACGAACGAGAGGAGAGAGAGAGAGAGAGACGGAAAUACAACAGAAGAAAAAGAAUACUGAUGGUGUCGUCUGAGAGAAGGACGAGAAACUGUGAGACAGACAGAGAGAGAGACAGGUUGCAAGAGGCUUUACCUGUCUGCUAUCUGGGCCUCUAAGUGUGUGUGUGUGUGUGUGUGUUGGAGGGCGAGCCACUGAUUGGCCCACACAUGUUGGAAGGCGGAGCCAUGAUGGGCAAAGAUUACAUGUUGGCCAUCCUGAUAGUCAACUAUGACGACAACAUCUGGACAGACCAGAACCUGCUGCUGGACCCGGACCUUCCCUCCGGCUGGAGAACCAUCAAAGACUCAACAGGAACGUACUACUGGCACGUUCCCACCGGCGCCACCCAGUGGCAGCACCCCCGCCUCACUGGGACGGCCCAGCUGCUCGACACACAGCAGGAGGAAGAUGGACAGCAGGGCUCCAACGGACCACCUGAGGCCAGGUCUUUAUGGCAUGAAGAUUAUCUCACGUACCAUGACCCCAACUCCAAGUGCUUUGCAGUGCGCUCUCUGGGCUGGCUGGAGGUGGAGGAGGAGGACCUGUCUCCCGGUCGCAGCAGUCUUGCUGUCAGUAACGUCAUCCAGCAGCUGUCUCACUGCAGCAGUCCGGAGCAGAGAGACAGACAGGGAGCCUGGGGGGAGGGUCGGGAGAUGAUGCUGGUUCUGAAGAAAGACACUCUGACUCUGUUGGACCCUUUAGACCACACCCCCCUGCACUGUCAACCAAUCACCAACAUCCGUGUGUGGGGGGUGGGCUGCAACAACGGCAGGGACAGGGACUUUGCAUUUGUGGCGGGCGAUAAGGACAGCUGUGUGCUGAAGUGUCACGUGUUUCGCUGCGACACUCCGGCUAAAGCCGUCGCUACGGCGCUGAACGAGAUGUGCUUCAAGAUGAUGUCAGAGAAGACGUCGAUGAGGCCGUCUCGCUCGCUCACGAUGGAAAGCAUCUCACCUGAAGACCUGCCCAGACAAGUGGACUUUCUAGAGGCGGUGCGGCAGCAGGUCCAGAAGUUUGAGGUCCAGUACAUCGGUAACCUGCCGGUGUCCAGAGCAAUGGGUAUGGAGGUGUUGAACCGAGCGAUAGAAAGCAUCAUGAACUCCACCGACAGAGACGAGUGGGAGCCGGCGGUGAUCCACGUCACCGACCACAUCCUGUCUCUGUGGAGGGGAGAGGAAGGGGAGGAGCGUCUCUGGGAGUGUCAGGUGCGUUUCCUCACUUUUCUGGGCGUCGGCCACGACAGCCACACCUUCGCUGUGAUCUUAGACGGCGGCACGCAGAGGUUCGAGUGUCACGUGUUCUGGUGCGAACCGGACGCCGGGAUGCUGUCUGAGGCGGUGCAGGCGGCGUGUAUGGUCCAGUAUCAGAAGUGUCUGGUGGCUCAGACUCCUCCUCCGAGGACCAAGUCGUGGCAUGCGGCCUCGUCGAAGGUCAAAAGGGCGAACUCUUUGGACGCCUUCCCUCCUCUCGCCUCCCGUCACCAUGGUAGCAGCGGCGGCAACAUGAAAAAGGGGAUGCUGGCGUUCUUUGAAACUUUUCGUAAACAGGCCGCCACCUCCUAAUUAGGGGGGCGGGCCACUGGCGACAGGUGUCAUCAUGCUCCUUCUGCAGGACUUAAAUGUGUCUGAUUGGUCUGAUUCUGUCACCUCCACAUCACCUGGGAGACGAGAGGUCGCCUCUUUUAAAUUCAAUUCAGUUUAUUUUGUAUAGCAAAAAUCACAACAAAAAAAACACAUACGACAUCCCUGACCUUUGACCUCACAUCGGAUCAGGAAAGAAACCUUCAGGAGAGCAACAGAGGAGGAUCCCUCUCCCCGAUGGACAGAAGAAUAGAUGUCAUGUGACCAGAUGAACAGAGUUACAGAGUUACAUAAACAUUCAAUGAAUAAUUAUGAAUAAUGAUCCACAAUCCAGACCUCCACAAUGGGGGCAGGGGGGGGAAUCUACUUUGUGGUCACAGCUGCUCACAAACUCCAUGACAACAAGGACAAAGAGAAACAAAGUUUAUUUCUACACAACUUUGUUAUAUUACAUGAGCAGAAAUAUUCAAAUAUAUAAUAUCUAAAUGUUGCAACACUGUCAGGUUAGGAGAAAAAUCAUUAGUUUUUCCUGAAACAUUACAACUAAAAGAUUUUAAAUAUAAUAAUAACUCUGGACCUGCUGCCGCACCGCCUCUAGAAAGUCCACUGAAACCACAAUAUUUCGUGUUUGAAAUUUGUUCAGGUUCCUAUAAAAAUAAUUAUAUAAAAGUUACUCAAAGUACUUCAGAUGACUAUACUGGAUGAAGAGCAGUUAAAGGAACAGUCAGUGAACGCACCACCAAAAGUCAACGGCAGCUUGACAGCAUGGAAGUCUUUACGAUGGCGAGGACAUUUAGCUGCCUCCCGAUUGGCUGAAGCAACCGUAGAUAGAAGCGUUAGUGUGUUCAAUGUCAGUCGGGAAAUCUCAGUGUCUUCAUGUGUACAAAACAAACCGAUGUCAUGCUGAAAUUAACCAAGAAUAAACAAGUUGGCGAGUU